UUGUGCCAGCGCAACUGCGCGCAGCUCCAUCAGAGAAAAAAAAAGUGUAGCCUCCCGCUCAAGCUAUCAUCGACAAUGCGCGGACAGACAAGGCGAUAUUCCUCUGCCCUCCAAAACCGAACGAAGAGCAAACGAAGAGUGACACCCUUCGGUCAUUCGGUACUUUGCUCGAGGGAAGCAUAAGAUAGUCUCGUUUGAAAGAAGGCUUUUGUGGCAUGUGAUACUGGUAGACUGACGCGUGUUCAUGGUUCACGGAUGUUACUACGAAGACGGAUCUCGACAGUUUUUCUGCCUCUGUAGCGUUUUAUGUUAGCAAUGGAUCUCUAUCCCUCUUCGGAGUCUGUUACGCGGAUAGGGAGGGAGUCGUGCCGUUUGUUUCCCGUGUGCUCUAGCUGUUGAUAGCUAGCCUCAAAAGAAAAGAACAAUGAACGGAAUCAAACAGUUUUGUUUUAUGCUUUUAUCCUACUGACAUUUUAAAGACACUCACCGAGAACAUUUUGUAUUUGUUGAACGAACCAUUAGUCGAACAACUAGACAAACAUUUUGGGAUCACCAGUUUCCUUGGACAGUGGCGCGUUGAGGCGACACAAUGGGAUUAUCUUUGACCAUUGGCUGAGAAUUGUUUUUAAAAGUUCCUUUAUCUCAGAGAAUAUAGUGGUGAGUUUUUGGUCAGAGCACAUAUUUGAGCAACAAUUGGAUGAAUUGAUAAUCUAGCUGCCAAAAUUCGUGGAGAAGACCAUUGUGAGCACUCGCCGGACAAUCGCAUGUGUCCAGCCCAGUUGGUCUAGUCUAGAACGGCAUCAUCACUGGAACACGACACAAAGAACAACGAUGGCGAAUGACUCGAUACAAAGUGACCCAGGUGGGCUGUCCGUCUUAGAGCAGCUGGGUCUGGACCAGAGCUCGGACUUCUCAGACACCACGGUGCAGCAGCGUCUUGAUGAGCAGAGGGAGAAGAUCCGCAGGGAGAUCAGGAAGGAGCUGAAGAUCAAGGAGGGAGCUGACAACCUCCGCAGGGCCACCACCGAUAAGAGGAAUGCCUCCCAGGUGGAUUCCCAGCUACGCAGCUCCAACCGUAAGCUGGAAGACCUGCAUGCUCAGUUACAGGAGCUGGACGCUCACAUCAUGGUCAAGGGAGGAGACGACAACAAGGAUGACCCACCCCAGUCCCCGGGGGCGGAGAGCCGCUCGUCAGCAAGCCAGGACCGCAUUGCCGCCCUGGAGAGACAGCUCAACAUCGAGCUCAAGGUCAAACAGGGAGCCGAGAACAUGAUUCCAAUCUACGCCAACGGAUCCACCAAGGACAAGAAGAUGCUGCAGACGGCCCAGCAGAUGCUGCAGGACAGCAAGACCAAGAUCGACAUCAUCCGCAUGCAGAUCCGCAAGAACGUGCAGGCCACUGAGCACACCGAGGACACACAGGGUAACCAGGACAUGUGUGGUGUGGAGCUGCGUAUUGAGGAGCUGAGGCACCACUACAGGGUAGAACACGCUGUGGCAGAGGGAGCUAAGAAUGUCCUCCGGCUACUGGGGGCCAGCAAGGUCCAGGAUAAGAAGGCCCUGUCAGAGGCCCAGUGUCGUCUGAGCGAGGCGUCCCAGCGGUUGGACCUCCUGAGGGACUCUCUGGAUCAGCGUCUAGCCGACCUGCCGGAGGACCACCCCAAGGCCUGCCUCAUCAAGGAGGAGCUAGUCCUGGCCUCCUCCCCGGCCUUCAGCUCCCGCCACAGUGCCCCCUACCUUCACAACCAGUACAGCACCCUCAGCAAGCCCUCCCCGCUCACUGGUACUCUCCAGGUGCAGCUGCUGGGCUGUGUGGGGGUGUUGGAGGUGGUCCCGGGGCGCAGUAAGGGCACGGCGGUCAUGUUGCCCUGCUACAGCCCCGGGGAGGGACGCUCCUUCAUGAACCGCAGCAGCAAGAGCAACCUGUACGCACGCAGCGGGAGCGUCAGCGGCAAGACUCCCAGCAAGACCGACGACCUCUCCUCGGAGGUGAGUGCGGUGCUGAAGAUGGAUAAUUCAGUGGUGGGUCAGACAGCCUGGAAGAGUGUCGGGGAGCAGGCCUGGGAUCAGACCUUCACUGUGGAGCUGGAGAGGUCCAGGGAGAUGGAGAUAGCAGUGUACUGGAAGGACUACCGCUCGCUGUGCGCUCUCAAGUACCUGAAGCUGGAGGACUUCCUGGACAACCAGAAACACAAAGUUCAGCUGGAGCUGGAGCCUCAGGGUCUGCUUCUGGCUGAGGUGAUAUUCUUCAACCCGGUGAUUGAGAGAGCCCCACGCCUUCAGAGACAGAAGAAGGUCUUCUCCAAACAGCACGGCAAGGCUUUCCUGAGAGCUCGUCAGAUGAACGUUGACAUCGGGACCUGGGUCCGACUCUUGAGGAACGCAAUCCCCACUGUCAACAACACAGGAACCUACAGCCCCAAUGCACACAACCUCAACUCUGGGGAGAUCUCAGUGGAGAAACUAAGUCUGGACAGUGACUCUCCAGUCAGGCAUGAUUACAGGAGAGACUGUGAUAAUAACACCCCGGUGAGAGAGGGACAGAAAGACGAGAAACCCAACAAGAGAAUAGCAAAAUACAACAUGAGAGGAACCUCACACACUCACCCACUUCAUUUACCUCUCUCUCUCACUCCUGGCUUUGCUUCUUCCCUCCAUCUCUCUAUCCUCUUCUUUCCUCCAUCUCUCUAUCCUCUUCUUCUCCCUCUGCUCUCUUUUUCUCAGGAGCGGUUGCCAGUGAUUGAGCCCUUCUCUCCCCCAGACCUCACCCCUGAUCGCCCUGCCCAAACCCCCCCUCUGAGCAGUAAACAUAAGAAACCCCUGUGCCUCCAGGACUUCAGGCUGAUCGCUGUGCUGGGCCGGGGACACUUUGGAAAGGUGCUGCUGUCAGAGUAUAAGAAGACCGGAAGUAUUUACGCCAUCAAGGCCCUGAAGAAAGGAGAUAUUGUUGCACGGGACGAGGUGGAGAGUCUGAUGUGUGAGAAGCGUAUCUUUGAGACGGUGAACGUCUCCCACCACCCCUUCCUGGUCAACCUGUUUGCGUGUUUCCAGACCCCGGAACACGUGUGCUUCGUCAUGGAGUACACGGCUGGCGGUGACCUCAUGAUGCACAUCCACGCUGAUGUCUUCACUGAACCACGGGCUGUGUUCUAUUCAGCCUGUGUGGUUCUGGGGCUGCAGUUUCUCCAUGACCACAAGAUUGUGUACCGAGACCUUAAACUAGACAACUUACUGCUGGAUACAGACGGAUAUGUAAAGAUUGCCGACUUUGGACUCUGUAAAGAAGGGAUGGGCUUUGGGGACAGGACCAGUACGUUCUGCGGUACUCCAGAGUUCCUGGCCCCUGAGGUCCUGACCGACACCUCUUACACCAGAGCAGUGGACUGGUGGGGCCUGGGGGUCCUCAUCUAUGAGAUGCUGGUGGGAGAGUCGCCCUUCCCUGGUGACGAUGAGGAGGAGGUGUUUGACAGCAUCGUGAAUGACGAGGUCCGCUACCCACGAUUCCUCUCCACAGAGGCCAUCGCCAUCAUGAGGAGGCUGUUGAGGAGGAACCCAGAGAGGAGACUAGGCUCUGGUGAGAAAGAUGCUGAUGAGAUAAAGAAACAGCCUUUCUUCCGGGGUCUGGAUUGGGAGGCCCUGCUACAGAGGAAGCUGCCCCCUCCCUUCGUUCCCUCCAUCAAGGGCCGAGAGGACGUCAGCAACUUUGACGAGGAGUUCACCGCCGAGCCUCCCGCCCUGACGCCGCCGCGCGAGCCCCGCACGCUCUCUCGCAAGGACCAGGACAGCUUCUGCGACUUCGACUACGUCUCCGACCUCUGCUAGGGGUCGAGAGGUUGUGACCUCUAUCACAUCAUCAUCAUAUGAGGGUCAUGGGGUCACGGCAGUCUGCAAGGGUGGUCUGCUGCAUCCACCACACUGUGAAUGUGAUAUGAGAAACGGAGAAGGGUCUGUCUGUAGUGUAGUCUACGUCUGUGUGGGAGGUAUGAACUAGAGGAGAUUAAUGCAGACCCAGGCCAAGACUCUGUGACUGUGUUUUUUUUUUACACUGCAGCAGCAUCUCACAGAACUGUGAGAAGGGGCCCGUCAAGAAGACUGGUGGUUGAUGAGAAAUGAAGUUCUGUUACAAUGAGACGUGGCUAUGUUUUCCAAAGGAAAAGAAGACAGAAAAAAAGAAACUGUGACGCCCGCUAAGCUUGUGCCACCUCCUCCCUAUCUAGAACACUCCAAUGGCUGUGUCCUUACAAGAACUUGUCAUAACAUGUGUAACUUCUACUACACAGUCAACCCCUUUUAACUUUGCCUUCCAGUUCCAUCCUCCUUUGUGCCAGUGUUGUUGUCUGCUCUGAGUCUGCUCUGAUGUCUGAGGAUCUCCAUGUAACGUUCAGGGUUGGGAUCCAUUCCAUUUCAAUUCAGUCAAUUCAGGAAGUCAAUUGGAAUUUCAGUUCAUUUCCUGAAUUGAAAUGGAAUGGACCCCAACCCUGGUUCCUUCAUACUGUGACAAAACACAAAUAAUAUUUGGGAGAGGGUGUGGUGGGGUGGGGUGGGUGCAUGGCUUGAAACGAUGCCUUACAUUUCUACUGGGAUCUAUAGAAAUGCAUUUCAUUUUGUUAUUUUGUGGUCCCUGGUAACUAACUGUGGUCCCUGGUAACUAACUGUGGUCCUUGGUAUGCAAUGAGGGUGAUAAUGUUUUACAUUAAUGCUAAGAGGAGAAAAGGAAGUACCUCCAUCUGCCUAUCAAAAUGAUUGCUUGGAGGAAGUUGAAUUAACAGUGUGUAGAAUCGUCUAUAUAUAUAUGUACUCUACAUUGUUACAAUGUUGUGAACAAUCACCCAUCAAGUUACCCAAUGCUAGUCUUGUGUCAACAGAAGGGUAAAGAACCACUGCUUGGAGGAACGGUCAAUUCUGAUCCAACCAGAUCACUAGUGCAUUCACAAUGGGCAAUUGUUGCCCUUUUAACAUUCUUUAAAAUGUUCUGAUUUGAGAUAUUAUGGGGGGGGGAAUCAACGGCGACAGUGCUUUUGGUUCUGUUUUUGGUUGAUAAUGAAGUCGUUGAGAAAAGCAACAGAGAGCAUUAUUGCAUUUAUCCUGUUGCCUUUUAAUUGGUCCAAUCUGUGAAUUUUAUAUAAGGGUGUGUCAUGUGGCAGUCUACACCUGUGCCAUUUGGUCAUAUCUGAACACACAAAAGAAAGGCUGAAGGAUGUCUCGUUCCAAACAUGUAAAUAUUCACACAAACGUACACACACUGAGAGACUUUAAUGCUCAAGACACUCAAAUUCAAUCAGUGGCAUGAAGUGGAAACACAUCCAAGCAAUGAAUCAUGCUCAGGCUUCUCCAGGUUGAAGUGACCAUUAAGAACGGAUCUAGGAUCAGUUUAUUCCAACCUCAUCCAUUAGGAAAAGAAAACUGACCUUAGAUCAGAAUUUAGAGGCAGCUUCAUCCUCCAACUACAGUACAUGCUCAUCUGCAGAAGUCAAUAGAAAACAAACUUUACCUCCCUUGUCUCUGUGUAUGGGGGUGUGUUUUGAAUCAUGUUUGUCUGGUUGCAGACUCUACUUAUCUUGUGUACGACUAUACAAAAGGAAGUGAAAGUAUGAGAUUAGUUAUUUAUAAAGAACAUCUGUUGGGAAAA